UUCAUUCUGAGCCGAGCCUGGUCCCGAGCGCGUCCUACUCAGCUCCGGACGGCGGCGGCGGCGGCAGCGGCGGCGUGAGCUCCAGGGCAGCUCGCUCCCUCCUGGCCUAUCCUUCCACCGCGAUCAGCAUGAAAGCGUUCAGUCCUGUGAGAUCCGUUAGGAAAAACAGCCUGUCGGACCACGGCCUGGGCAUUUCCCGGAGCAAAACCCCGGUGGAUGACCCGAUGAGCCUGCUGUACAACAUGAACGACUGCUACUCCAAGCUGAAGGAGCUGGUGCCCAGCAUCCCCCAGAACAAGAAGGUAACCAAGAUGGAAAUCUUGCAGCACGUCAUCGAUUACAUCUUGGACCUGCAGAUCGCUCUGGACUCGCACCCCACCAUUGUCAGCCUGCACCACCAGAGACCUGGGCAGAACCAGGCGUCCAGGACGCCGCUGACCACCCUGAACACGGACAUCAGCAUCCUGUCCCUGCAGGCUUCUGAAUUCCCUUCUGAGUUAAUGUCGAAUGACAGCAAAGCGCUCUGUGGCUGAAUAAGUGGUGUUGGGACUUUCUUUUUCUUUUUCUUUUUUUUCUUUUGCACAAGUCCACAGGAUCUUUUAAGGCGCUGAACUUAUUGUUUUUUUCCUUCCAACCAUUUCACCAGGAGGAGAACAAGUUGAAUGGACCUUUUAAAAAAGAAAACAAACGGAAUGAAAGCUAAGGAUGGUCAUCUUCCAGGGGGUUCUCUGGCCUGGACUGUGAUAUUCGUUAUUUAUGAAAAAGACUUUUUAAAUGCCCUUUCUGCAGUCGGAAGGUUUUCUUUAUAUACUAUUCCCACCAUGGGGAGCGAAAACGUUAAAAAAUCACAAGGAAUUGCCCAAUCUAAGCAGACUUUGCCUUUUUCAAAGGUGGAGCGUGAAUUACCAGAAGGACUCAGUAUUCAGUUACUUAAAUGAAGUCUUUCGGUCAGAAAUUACCUUUUUGACACAAGCCUACUGAAUGCUGUGUAUAUAUUUAUAUAUAAAUAUAUAUAUUGAGUGAAACCUUGUGAACUCUUUGAUUAGAGUUUUCUUGUAUAGUGGCAGAGAUGUGUAUUUCUGCAUAAAAGUGAAAUGAUGUACUUACUCACACUAAACUUUUUAUAAAAGUUUAGUUGUAAAUUUAACCCUUUUAUACAAAAUAAAUCAAGUGUGUUUAUUGAAUGGUGAUUGCUUGCUUUAUUUCAGAGGACCAGUGCUUUGAUUUUUAUGAUGCUAUGUUAUAACUGAACCCAAAUAAAUACCAGUUCAAAUUUAUGUAGACUGUAUUAAGAUGAUAAUAAAAUGUGUCUGAAGUCAUUA